AUGUUUCACAUUAGCAGCAUACCGAGUCAGGAGUACUGGGAGCAUCACGAAGGGCUGUCAUGUUUGCCCCCUCCAUACAAGAGGCCUAUUGGCAGACCUACAAAGAAUAGGAGAAAGGAUAGCACUGAGCAAAGUUCUGGCAGCCAAUAUAAGGCCAAGAGAAGAUACGGACAGAUAACAUGCCAAACCUGCAAAAGGACUAGACAUAAUAGCAGAAUUUGUCCUGACAAAAGAACUGGAACAGCAGCUAAAGAACCAGAUCUUGAUGAGGAAGAAGCUAGGGAGCAAGAAGCUAACUGGGAGGAGACCAUGGAGGCUGCACACGCUGCACAUGUUGCAGAUGAGGAAGACCUCACUCAAAACCAUCCACAAAGACAGCCUGAUCAGAAUAACAUCAAUGAUGGCAACACUACAACAAAUGCUUUACCCCUUAAUGUAGCCACCAUACCAGCAGCAACCAACUUGGUUGGUCCAACAGCUACUUCAGAACCAGCACCAGCACCAAAGAGGAGAGGUAGACCAUCUUUUGUAAGGGACAACCCAGUUCCACCAAGAGAAAGAGGCAGCACAACUCGAACAGGACUGGCAGCCACUACAACACCUCCAACUCCAGCACAAAAUGCAGCAGCUGCACCACUACCCCCUGCUCAACCUAGAGUUGUCAGGCCUGAUGUUGGGUCUAGAUCCCAAAUUUCUGCAUCUCCAUCCAAUGUUGGGUCAUUGCCUCAAGGUCCAUUACUUAGGCCUACUCUUCAGGCCCAACAUACAGCACCAUUUAGGCCACCAACUGUGACUAGGGAGACCAUGGCAGCAGCAAGCCCAGCCACACAGAGCAGGUUCACAGGCUUUAUGCCCACCCCAUCCUUGAAGAAGAAAAAGCCAUCCGGACCACCACCAUCAAAGCCAUCAACAAAUGACAAGAAAUGAGCUGAGAUUCUUGGAUUUUUUUUGUUUGUUGUUAUUUGCAUUUUGGACAGGAUUUAGUUAACAUGCACCCAACUGCCAUUAUGGCAUGUAAGUGCUAACCUAGUGUUUCUGUGUUUUGUUACUGUCAUUUUGGGUCUGUAGCAGUUACUAUGAACAUGUGUCAUUUUGGUAGUCUUAUUUGGGGCCUGAACUUUGUUACUCUGAAUAGUUAAUGGUUAUAACUUGAUGUUAUUUUGGUGUUUUAUUCAGAUUCUGUUCACAAAACUAUUUUACAUGGCUUACAUAUACUCCAUAUAUCUUGCUCAAAUCACAACAACAAUAACUCAAUCAAAGCACAAGAAGAACACAUCAUACAUUAAUUCAUCUCAAUUACAAUGAGGACAAGAUUACAAAAUUCAAAAGUCUCACUGUUAUACUAUUAUACUGUGCAAUGUCUACCUACUUAGCCAAACUAAACAUAAUCAAAGCCAUAUUUAACCCAAUCAAAAUACACAUAAAAAUUAGGCACAACUCAACCCUCUUCAGAUUCUCCUUCAUGUCAUUCACCACAGAUAGUACCAUCAUCAUCCUUUGAAUUUCCUGGCCAUCCCCACAGUCGACAUUGAUUCUGCCUUUCUUUUUGGGUUCUGACUUGCCCAGCAUAUUACUGUUCUCUGAAGAAACUUCUCCUUCCACACAUUCCGCUUGUAUUUCAUCCAACCAUUGGAAAUACCCGCAACGCAUUUGUGUGUUCUAGCACAACACGAAAAUUUCAAAGAUCAGAGAACAAUCGAAUACUAAAACUGAAUAAGAACAGACGACAAACCAAGAAGGGAUAUUAUUCUACUUCCUCACAUAUUCAUCACAAUUCCAACCUUACCUUCCACAUAGGGCAGCGUAGAAACCAUCUAUCAAGGUUGCUACUUGUCUUCGACUUCAACGGAACCACUGGAAGGGGACAAAAGCAACAGCCAUCGUAAGUUUUACUCACAAUACCCGAAGCACCAUCCACGUCGAAGGCUUGCAUCGAUGACUGCCUUCUCAGCGUUGCAGCUUUUCCACGAACCCUUGCUGUAUGCAUCUUCCAAUCUUGGAUCCCCUCCUGCGAAUGAACGAAUAGAGAGCUUGUUAAUUUGGGAUUAGGGCAAAGAGUUCUGAUUUGGGGCAAAAUGAAAUCCUAUUGAUCUAAUUUUCACCUAGGCUAACAAAUUAAUUAAUUAGAAAUUACAACUCAAAUAAAACAUGAUUUGUCAGCAAAAUUCGGUGUCCAGGUAAGCAUUGUCCUCAUCGGAGCUUUGGUCCGGCAAGCUUAUGGAUACAUUUGUCAGUUUUUAAAAUUAACCAGGUACCAUUUUAUCGAUUACAAUAAUCAAAUACCGCAAUGUCAGUGUUUCAAUCUUUCGAGUACUGAUUUGGUCAUUACCUCAUUACGUAAUUAGUUGUUAAUGGAGUUGCUUAAGAAAAAUAAUACGCGGGCUGCCUGAAUUAAUGGGACAACUAUUUUGUAUGAUUCCAAUAAAAGAUAAUAUUGGGCUCCUAUAUACGUGGCCCUAAUUGGAAGAA